AUAGAACUAAAAACAAAAGAAAAGAAAAACUCUUUAGCGAAGUAACGACGUCGUUCUCCCGCCAUUCAGCCGUUAGGGUUUAUAAACUCACUCCCUAAACCCACAGAGAAAGCAGCGCACUUCGGAACUCGGAACUCACAACGAGAGAGAAAAGCUAUGGGGAAGAAAGCCAAGACCUCCAGGAAGGGAAAGAAGGCAUGGAGGGCAAACAUCAGCACCGAUGACAUCCACGACUUCUUCGAGCAGUCCACCAAGGACGCUCUCUCCGGCGGCUCUCUUGCCUCCGCCCCCGCCGAGUCCCUCUUCUUCGAAGACAAGUCCAAAGAUCUUUCGGUGAAGAGGAAGAUUGAAAAACAUAGACAGAAAGUACUCCACGUUGAGAGCAUGCUGCAGAAAAACCCAUUUGUACAACCAGUACCUUCUUCGACCCUGAAGAAAUCCAAGAAAGCACAUAAAAAGGUUCCAGAACUGAUGGAUGGAUCUGAAUGGAGUCCGAAGGGUUCUGUCUCGCAUUCUGGCAUGGCUGACUUAUGGGGAUAUACGGGUGACGACAACAAAAAAACCAAGAAGAUGAAGAAGCCAUCAAUUAUUCCUGCUGUAGAAGUUGAGCCUCCAGGAUCCUCAUUCAAUCCCACAUUUGAAAGUCAUCAGGAAACAUUGGCUCAUGCUGUUGCAGAAGAAAUGGGGAAAGUCUAUAAAAAAGAGCUAGGACCUCAACCGGUUCCUUUAACUGUUCCUGGGGAGGCUGUUGAUGAAGAAGAAAUGAAGGCACCUGAUGAUGAUAUGAAUCCAGAUAACUUGGAUGAGAAUGGGGAUGCUGCAUCCGAGAAAAGGCCUUUAAAAACAAAGAGGGUGACAACAGUCAUCUUAAAUAAGAGAGCUAGGCGUAAAGAACAGCUUAAAAAGGAAGCACAAGCGAGAGAGGCCAAGAAGCUUUCUAAAGAAAUUGAUGGCUUACCAGAUAUCAUUGAGGAAAUAGCUAAAGUGGACGAGGAGAGGCAUAAAAGACAUCUUCGACGAGUUGUAGCUAAAGAAGAAAAACGAAAGUCAUGUCCCCCACGAUUGGGGAAGCAUAAGUUCGAGCCUGCCCCGGUUCAAGUCCUCUUGACUGAAGAAAUAACUGGAUCCCUCCGUAAGCUAAAGGGUUGUUCCACCCUUGUCAAGGAUCGGUUCAAGAGCCUCGAAAAAAGAGGACUAAUCCCGCCAAAACCGAACAAAAGGAAAUAGAGAUUUUUUUCUUGAUCUGAAGCGUGGAUCCGAAGUCAUCUUUUCUUGUUCAUGGAUAAUCAGUGGACUCCAUAUAGUGAGAUAAGACUUUGUUGUUGCUGACUUCGUGUUGUAAGGAAAUCAGCUACGGUGAUCAGCAGAUUUUGUCGACAGUCGAGCUCAAAAGUUUUGUAGUUAUCUUAAUCCUACUCCUUUUCUGUUUUUAAUUCUGUAUUUGUUGCCCAAAUUCGUAGUUCAAAAAUAGAUCCAGUUGUAAUCGACAAAAAUAUGUAUGAUGCCAGUGCCUUUUUGGUUUUUUGGUUACAAGGUGAAUUAAAUUAAUGAGUUACAUUAA